UCACCUCCAGAUCUGCUGACGCCAGGUGCUUGGGGCGAGGUGCCAAAGGUUCCCUAUAAAGUGCUGGGGCUCUGGGCCUGCGGCCACUCGCCCUCUGGCUCCCGACCCGCCUGGGCCACCAGGGACCGGCCCUGUGACCACCAUGGUGAGGCUCGUGUUGCCCAACCCGGGCCUGGAGGACCGGAUCCCGUCCCUGGACCAGCUGGAGAGCAUCGAGGCCAAGGAGGCCGGCUCCCGGCCCCAGUGGGACAACAAGGCCCAGUACAUGCUCACCUGCGUGGGCUUCUGCGUGGGCCUGGGCAACGUGUGGCGCUUCCCCUACCUGUGCCAGAGCCACGGCGGAGGGGCCUUCAUGAUCCCGUUCCUCAUCCUGCUGGUCGUGGAGGGCAUCCCCCUGCUGCAUCUGGAGUUCGCCAUCGGGCAGAGGCUGCGGAAGGGGAGCGUGGGCGUCUGGAGCUCCAUCCACCCGGCCCUGAAGGGCGUAGGCAUCGCGUCCAUGUUCGUGUCCUUCAUGGUGGGCCUCUACUACAACACCAUCAUCGCCUGGGUCAUGUGGUACUUCUUCAACUCCUUCCAGGACCCCCUGCCCUGGAGUGAGUGUCCGCUCAACGCCAACAGGACAGGCUACGUGGAGGAGUGCGCGCGCAGCUCCUCCGUGGACUAUUUCUGGUACCGGGAGACCCUCAACAUCUCCACCUCCAUCAGCGACUCCGGCUCCGUGCAGUGGUGGGUCCUGCUCUGCCUGACCUGUGCCUGGAGCGUGCUCUACGUGUGCACCAUCCGCGGCAUCGAGACCACCGGCAAGGCUGUGUACGUCACCUCCACGCUGCCCUACGUCGUCCUGACCAUCUUUCUCAUCCGGGGUCUGACACUGAAGGGAGCCACCAAUGGUAUCGUGUUUCUCUUCACGCCCAACGUCACGGAGCUGGCCAACCCGGUCACCUGGCUGGACGCGGGGGCUCAGGUCUUCUACUCCUUCUCGCUGGCCUUCGGGGGUCUCAUCUCCUUCUCCAGCUACAACUCUGUGCACAACAACUGUGAGAGGGACUCGGUGAUCGUGUCGGUCAUCAACGGCUUCACGUCCGUGUACGCGGCCACCGUGGUCUACUCCAUCAUCGGCUUCCGUGCCACCGAGCGCUUCGACGACUGCUUCAACACGAACAUCCUGACACUUAUCAACGGCUUCGACCUGCCUGAGGGCAACGUGACACAGGAGAACUUCGCGGAAGUGCAGCAGUGGUUCAAUGCCACGGAGCCCGAGGCCUACGCGAAACUGCAUUUCCAGACCUGUGACAUGAACUCCUUCCUCUCGGAGGGCGUGGAGGGCACGGGGCUGGCCUUCAUCGUCUUCACGGAAGCCAUCACCAAAAUGCCUGUGUCCCCGCUGUGGUCUGUCCUCUUCUUCAUCAUGCUCUUCUGCCUGGGCCUGUCGUCCAUGUUCGGCAACAUGGAGGGCGUGGUCGUGCCCCUGCAGGACCUCAAGAUCAUCCCCGAAAAGUGGCCCAAAGAGCUGCUCACAGGCCUCAUCUGCCUGGGGACGUACCUGAUCGCGUUCAUCUUCACGCUGAACUCGGGCCAGUACUGGCUGUCCCUGCUGGACAGCUACGCCGGUUCCAUCCCGCUGCUCAUCAUCGCCUUCUGCGAGAUGUUUGCCGUGGUCUACGUGUACGGUGUGGACAGGUUCAACAGGGACAUCGAGUUCAUGAUUGGCCACAAGCCCAACAUCUUCUGGCAAGUCACGUGGAGGGUGGUCAGUCCACUGCUUAUGCUGGUCAUUUUCCUGUUCUUCUUUGUGGUCAAGGUCAAUGAGGAGCUGAUCUACAGCGUCUGGGACCCUGCCUAUGAGGAGUUUCCUAAAUCCCAGAAGGUCACGUACCCAGGCUGGGUGUAUGCCGUGGUGGUCAUCGUGGCUGGGGUGCCCUGCCUGGCCAUCCCCGGCUUCGCCAUCUACAAGCUCAUCAGGAACCACUGCCAGAGACGGGGGGACCGCCAGGGGCUGGUCAGCAGGGUGUCCACGACCUCCAUCAAUGGGGACCUGAAGUACUAAACGGCCUGGCCCAGGGCGUGUGGCCGUCGGAGUGGGGGGGGAGUCCAGGCCACACACUUGAAAGUGUGUGCGUGUGUGUGUGUAUACACGUGUGGGUGUGUAUGUGUGCACAGAUGAGUGUAUGCAUGUGCACACUGUGUGUACCUGUGUGUGCAUGCACACGUGAGCAUAUACACAAGUGCAUGUAUAUACCUGUGAGCGUGGGGGGUGUAUGUGAGCGUGCGUGCAUGUCUGUGUGUGUAUAUAUGUUGAAAUGCGUGUGUGUACACGUGCAUGAGUAUGUGGUGGGCAUGUGUAUAAUGUAUUGUGUGCACGAGUAUAAAUACGUGCCUAUGUGUUUGCGUGCACACGCUCCGAGGACAGUCGGAGCUGCGGCGUCCUGGGGAGGCCGCGUCUGCACUGCUCGCCUGCGCCCCUCAGGACCGGCCUCGUUGCCACCCACCUUCGCCUUGCUGUCGACCCUUGACCUAGGAGGGACCUGUGAGGUCGGGACACUGGUGCCCCACCUGAGGAUGGCCCUUCUCAGGCCCCUUGGCUGUGAGCCUGAGAAGACUCGGCUGGGUCCUUCGGAGGCCUGACCAUGCCACUGCCCCCCCCGCCCCGCCAGCUCUGAGCUCUGGCCAAGUGCCAGCUCGGUGAAUUCCAGUGAGUUCCAAGCCAGUUAAUGAUUGCUUCUGCCGCCGCAGGUAGAUGAGCAGUUAGACGGAGCUCAGCUCGGCCCAGGCUGAGGCGGAAACCACCUCUGUGUUUUCCUUAAAAGGAAGUGAACCGCAUGAACGCGUAGCCAGGUGUUGGAAAGGCCGGUUAUACGGUAACUCGGCCGUGGCCACCACGGUCGAGGACAGUCCGCGGUCCCGAGCACGGCAAGGACCGAGAGGCCUAACCGCUCAGUGCCCCUCAGUGAAGCUGGGCUCUGGCUCUUCCCUCCCGGUCUCGUGAAGGUGGUUUUCUGGGAUUCGACAGCCAGUCUCAAACAGUCACGUGGCACUUGGGGUGGUUUUCUUAAUGGGCUGGUCGCCUCCACCCUCCACAGAAAAAGCCUGGAGAUUUAAGUUAAACAGGACUUUCUGAGGAUCCCCUGGGCAGGAGUGGGGACCUGGGUCCUGGCGCCGUGCCCCCCCCCCCCCCACCGGGACGUCCCUGUCCCGUCGCCUCCCAUCUGGCAGUGACCACGGAGCGGAGCCCUGCAGCCCCCGCUACGAACCUCCAAACAUCGGGGCGUGUCCAGUCCUGUGCCGUCACCUGGGGAAUCCUUGGGGCGGUGCGGGCGACUGGCUCGCAGCCCCGCGUGCCGGGCCUUCCCGGGACCCCCGCCCCGCCCCCCUCCGGCCUCCACCCUCCCCUCGGCCUCUCCCCGAAGCCUUCCCACCCCCGCUGUGAGAACACAGGUGCAGUAACCGGUCCGUGCGCUGCCCCCUGGGGCGUGUGGAGAGGAUUCUGGGGGUGUGACCCGGGGGGGAUCAUCCGGUCGUCCCACCCCCGGCCAGUGCCUUGCUCACAGACUCGGCGUCUCUGCAAGUUGUUGGAAACGCAGGUCUCGUGGGCAUCACGUGUACCGGUCUAAAUAAAUCGCCAUUUCAUA